GCCUGGGCUGACGUUCCUCGAACUCGUCAUAAAACGAAUCCUCUCGCUCACGUACCUCGAGGUUGUAUGCUUGUCAGGCGCACAAUAACUCCAGCACAGCAACUAUGGUUCAAUAUCCCCAGCUACACCAUGGCCACAACGGAGAGGUAUGGCCACCGCAACAGGUUGGUGGCAGUGGCCACGAUCUCGCUGGGCGGAUCAUGUGGCUUCCUCCAGCACCAAACAGUCUCGACUCUGGGAGCAAAUACUACGAUCACCCAGUUGUUGUGCUCUCGGCGCAGGCUAGGGACGGCAAGGUUGACUUCUUUGUGAUGACAUCCCUCGGAAAGACAGAUCUCAUCAAAAAGUUUCCCAACGACGCGCAAUUGCGAAAGCAUUACCUCCCGAUCAAGCCUGCCCAUGAGCACCCAGACAACGAGAUGGUCCUGGAACUGUCCAACCCGACAGACGUGCUGGACCUGAGGACAUAUGUCAACACCCGCACAGUGCGCAGCGCCUCGCUGGGGGAGCUGCGAGACUAUCGGACGAAACCGCAGCGGUCGUUGUGGCUGUCAAAGCAGUCGUACCGGCAGCUGGUUACGCACGCUGGGUAUGUCCCCGUCAUCACCGCAGGACUGAACCCCGUAGAGACGGGGACGGCGAUGAUGACGACGACGACGACCGUUGCCGGAAUCCGAGAGGAGGAACUGCUGAGGGCAUAUGUUGCGCGAUAUGGCUACGGCGUGUCGAGUCCUCGGACCAGUUACGCUGCUGUCGCCAACAUGAGGCCUGCCACGCUGCCAGUCUUGCAUGGGUAUGGUGGUGCCUUGCGAGGUUCCCGCAGUGUCAUGGAUGCCGUGACUAGCGAGGCCAUCACGAGUGGACCGCGCGCAUGGAUGAUGCCGCCGCCGCUGCAUGCGAUGUCAAGCCCCCAAGCUGGGCAAGCACUGAACGCUCCUCUAGGGGGGUCAAUGCUACCACGACAAAAUCUGCUUCAGCUACAGCAGCCACGAAGCCAGAGGCUCGUGCAUCCUACAAACGGCGAGCACGCGCCUCUACUGCCAACGUACAACGUGUAUAUGGGUCCACCUCGGCCCAACAGCUCCCCCAGACAAUCCUUAUCCUCGACCGCGCAGGUACGCCAGGGACGCACAAGUCCAUGGGGACAGACUCUGGGCUAUGUAUUUUUGUAUCUCGUGCUGGUUACCCUUCUAUUUGCGGUCCUUUUCGACAUGUGCCUGCUGGUCAUCGAAAUCAUCAGAGUGAUUACGAGCGCCGGGGACUGGACCAUUGGCGGCAUCGAGAGUAUUUUUACUGCCGCAGCCGAGUUCUUUACAAACGUUCGCGAAGGAUUGGCAGAGAUUUUGAGAGCGAUAGGAGGGCUGUUACAGCAGGCCAGGAAGUUGGUGGGAGAUAUUGUGCACUGGCUUUCUCAGCUUUUGGAUGGCUCGACGUAGUGUUUGGGUUAUUGUGCACUGUGUUGAAUGAUUUUCCACGUCAUAUUUUCGUCUCUGGGCAGCAGAGGAUUGAGUUUCAUACACAGAAUCAUCUUGGGACAUCCGCAAAC